AUGUCGAGGAUGAUGGAGAGGGGCUAUGAGUUUGGGGAUGGGGAGAUGGGAGAGGAUGACGAGGAGGAGAUGGAAGACGGAGACGGAGACGGAGACGGAGACGGAGACGGAGAUGCAAACGAAGACGAUGCUGGGGAUGUUGUUGAAGAGGUCGCGAGAGAGGACCCUGAGUCUCCUUUUGUUGAGGGCGUAAGCGGAUCUCUGGAAGUGGAGAAAGAUGAGAAAGAAGGGAGUGGUAGAGAGGUCGGUGGUGAUGAAGAUGGAGAUAGUGAUGGAGAGAAAGAAGACGAGGAUUCUCACUCGUCGUGGAUGAAGAGGGGAGUUAGCUUUUCAGCGGGUGCAAGAUAUCCGCCCUCGACAGCAGAGCCACGCGUUACAUUAUUCGAAAUCUCCCAGAAAACAAAGGCCCUUGAUUUAGCACCCGACAACAACAAGUAUACCAGUCCCUUCAGUCAACGCCUCCUCAAUAAGCUAGCCGUCGAGGAUCCCGCAGUCGCAGCCAGAAUCAACGAAGCCUACGAAGCCUACUUGGAAAAGGAGAAGAACACAGUCGUUGACUUCCAAUACGACAUCAAACAGCUUAAAGAUGCCAUCCCUAGCACAGGCGACGGUCCCACAACACCGGCAGCGAUCCCUUUUGUAUCCGACAAAAUCCAGUCGACGUUUUUCGACAACGUGACCAGAAUCUGCGGUCGAGCACACGAGUUCUCAUCUCUCGGCACCAAGAAAAACGCUUUGGACGCGGUGAGAAAGCUGCUUGUCUUGAUCGUCCAGAUCCCGGACAAGAAAUUGCGGGCCGCGGUUGUAGAGCGUAUCAACAUCGAAGAUGCGGGCACAGUCGCCCCCAGCAUGGCAGAUGUUGUAUGCUCCUUGACUUAUGCACAGCGCGAAGAAGUGUGCAAGAUGCCAGUAGAUGGAGCCACAAUUACAGCUACAGAAGGCGAGUCUAGAUGUCCCAGAGGGUCGUUUUAUGACAAGUUCCUUGAGUUGAAAGAACAGGAUUUACUCGAGGCGGGCUUUGAGAUCAGCUUCGCUCCUUUCACGCGGCCGCUGGCGAUAUGGGAAGAGGACAUUGAGGAUGGCUAUGAAUUUGAUCCUGAGGUAGAAAUGGAGGCGAUGUAUGAGGAUGGUUUCUAG